UAUAAAGAACCUGUCCAAGAGACAUUCUACCUCUUCGUUAACCAUGUCAGAAACACCAAUCCUCCGCAUCGCCGUCGUGGGCGCCGGUAUUGCUGGCCUCACCGCCGCGAUCGCGCUCAAGAACCAUCCAGGCAUCGAUGUCCAGAUCUAUGAGCGAGCGACGAAGUUGACCGAGAUUGGAGCUUCGAUUGCAUUGGGACCGAACGGAUUGAGAACCUUGGACCGACUGGGUCUUGAUAAUGCGAUUGAUGGUUCGAUUGCGUUUCGAAACCUCAAGACGAAGUUGCCAAUGAUCUAUCGACAUUACAAGACGAACGAAGUCGUCUCCGCGGACAAUCACAAAGGCCAGGUCGAAGACCGCCAUCUCACAUCUCGAUACUACCGCGCACAUCUCCAGCAAGCCCUCCUCGAGCAUGUGGACCCUGCGCAACUCCAUCUCGGAAAGGCGUUUCUCUCCGUUGCUUAUAGCAAAAGCCCCAAAGAACUUACCAUCAAGUUUCUCGACGGCUCAACAACUACGGCUGACCUUCUCCUUGGUGCUGACGGCAUAAACUCUGCCGUCCGCCGUUUCUUCGUCCCCAGUUCUCAACCCAAAUGGACAGGCUGGGUCACCUUCCGUUCCGUCUUCCCAUUUUCCCACGUCUCCCACAUUCCAGAUCUGCCGGAUGAGGCGACUCAUUUCUGGGGGCACGACCGCACACUCUUUGUUUCCAACUUGGGAAAAGACCUCUUCACUGUCGUGGGAUCCUACCAAAGCGAUCCCGAUGCGGCUGAGUCACCGUACAGAGACGCGGUCUGGGAUUCUGACGGUGAUGUUUCAGUCUUGCGAGAGUAUUACAAAGACUGGAGCCCUCUUAUCCGCGCCAUCGUAGACGCGGUCCCGCACACGCGCAUCUAUCCUAAUGUCGCGGCGCAGGGACUCGACUCGUGGACACUAGGUUAUGGGAGGGUUACGCUGGCGGGCGAUGCAGCACAUGCUCAUGGCGGCGCGUUUGCGGCUGGAGGGAGUCUGGCGAUUGAUGAUGGAUGGUCAUUUGCGCAAUCUGUAUUGAACGUGUUCCCGCCCUCCGCGACGAAGUUGCCGGGGGAUGAGGAUAUCGCGAAAGCUUUGAGGGUUUAUGGUAGGACCAGGAAGCCACAUACAGAUCGAGUGUUGCAUACCGUGCAUUCGGGGAACAAGGCGAAGGUUGAGAGGAUUGGGAAAGUGGAGACGGAUGAGGAAUUGAGAGCUAGGAUGAAGAAUAGGGGAGAUCCGACUUGGAUACAUGAACACGACGUUGUUGCUGCGUUACGAGACGCAUUAGCGGCAGACAAGAAGACGUCGGGAAUAGAAGCAAGACUGUAGAAGUUGCACGAAACAAUGAAUAUAUUAGAAAAUGAUAGCGUGCUCAACAUCCU